AUGACGAUGAGGAGGAAGUGGAAGAACAACUCCCAAUUGCUUCCCGUCCUCCUUGUCAUCGCAUUAAUGGCCUUGUCUUCAAUGCCAUACACUGUAGAUGCCAAACUCCAUGUGUACAUCAUCAACGAACUGGGUCUGUUGGACUUAGACAUCCAUUGCAAAUCCAAAAACGAUGAUCUUGGGGAGCAUAAACUUUAUUCUGGCCAAGAGUACACCUGGAGUUUCAAUGAAAACAUUUUUGGUGGAACGCUAUACUGGUGCAACUUUUACUGGGUGAACAACGGGGACAAUGUUCAUGCCGGUUACCAAGUCUUUGAUCAAGCUAAACAGCCCGGAUUACCUGCCCAAGACUAUUUUUACAAGGUGAGAAAGGAUGGCAUAUACUUCGGCCACAUUAGAGAUGGACACUUUACAAAGGUCAGCGAUUGGUCGACAUAG